AUGUUAUUGUCUUAUGGAAGAAAGAGUGAAACAGGCAGAAAUGUACUUGCUUCUAAUGAUGCAGAAAAGCAAGCUUCUGUCUCUAUGUUACUUGCGGAAUAUGUCUUUUGUGGUGUGAAAAAAUGCUGGCAACUGGUGGUGUGUGAUGCACCUUCGACAGUGUGUGAAUUGGGUAAAAGAAUCAUCAUGGAGAUAUCUGGGAAAAAGGUGUUUAGAAAGUUAACUCAUAAGGAAGCCAGUGCUAGCUUUUUCUCUUUUGGUUUUUCCCAUCAUAGCCAUCUCUUUGAAGUUUUCACAUCUUUAAUGCCCACAACUGGUCCCUCUGAUGGUUGCUUUGGUGAUGGUGACUAUGCUCUCCAGUGUUUUCAGAUGCCAGACACUAAAUUUUCGGUUUUAAUUGUUUGGGGCAAGGGGGGGUUACCUGGGUUCAUACAGUGA